UUAAAAACAAAGCCGGGAAGAGCCCUGUAAAAUCAUCAAAUCUGUCUUCUAAUGUUAUUGUCAAUUUUAUAUACAAUAUGAGUAGUAAGCUAAGUUUGGUUGCAGCUUUUGAUGAGCUAAAAAGAAACACGGAUGUUCUGUCUGCUGGAAUUGAACAGGAAUUUAGCACAUUUGCCGAGCACCAGCAGUCUUGUAGACGGCAGUGGGCCACAGCAGAAGAUGAACUGCUUCGUGUCCGAGGCAGCAUCUUCUCUCUGGAAUCUGAAAACAAAGCCCUAGAUAAUAAACUUAAACACUGCAGGGACUUGAUAGAGAAAGAAGAACAGAAAAGAAGAAAAGUCGAGCAUGACAAAGACCAAGUGGAACGUCAGAUAGCGUUGAUCCGUGAGUUGUUGGUGGACAGCAAAUCUGGCAACCAACUUGACCAGUAUGCCCGAGAACGUCUCGCCUUCCUCUCCAGUACUAACCACACAACCAGAUAUGAGGACUCACCACUCAAACAAAAUCGCCGCAGCAUGAACAACCAGUCCCAGCACUCUGUGCUCUCAGAUGAGGAUAUUGACUACUGGGACAAGACAGAGGAAGAUGUCAUCUCCCCCUGUAAUCAGCGCAGACGCAGCAAACGGAUCGCCAAACGUCCGUCCGCGCCCCCUGAGGAAGAUAUGAACAUUACCCCUCCAAAACGACAGAGAGGUUAUAACCUAGAGAAUGAGGUGGUAACUACGACCACCAUCACAGUGACGGCUGAUGGACGGCCCAUUGAGGCCACAACAGAGGUGUCGGUACCUAGCACGGGCAGAAAGAGUGGCGGUGCACGCACCCUUAACAAGAGCUUCAGUGAACCCUGUCUCGAUAAACACCUCACUGAGAGUGAGAUUGAUUCUGAUCUUGACCCUUGGACACCCAGGGCAGACAACAGAAAUACAAAUGGUAUAAAGAGCAACAUGAGAACACCAAGCACUCCAAGCUUACGGAAGACUAACUCGGCCAGUAGAGGACUGAACAGAAUCCACUUCUUCAUCUCAGAAACUGUUAUCAGACCCAGAACCUGUGUUCCAUGUGGUAAGCGGAUCGGUUUUGGUCGUAUGGCGAUGAAGUGUAAGGAGUGACGGUCCAUGUGUCACCCGGAGUGCAAGGAAAGCCUGCCCCUGCCCUGUAUCUCGGCCCCACCCACCCCAGGCACCGGAAAGGUCCAGGCAGGCGUGUUGGGGGACUAUUGCAGGGAUGAAUGUCCUAUGAUACCCGGCAUUGUGAUCCACUGUGUGAACGAGAUCGAGGCACGAGGGCUGAAUGAGGUCGGAAUUUACAGGGUUCCAGGAUCAGACAGACAGGUGAAAGAGCUGAAGGAGAAAUUCCUACGAGGAAAGGGGAUGCCCAACCUGUCAAGCAUAGAUGAUGUCCAUGUGGUCUGUGGAUGCCUCAAGGAUUUCCUACGCAACCUUAAAGAGCCGCUAGUCACUUUCAAACUCUGGAAGAUGUUUGUCCAUGCUGCAGAGAAUCGAGACAAGGCCAUGUCAGAGUGUGAGAUGUUCCAAGCCAUCAGUGAACUGCCACGGGCCAACAGGGACACCAUAGCCUUCCUCAUGAUACAUCUACACAGAGUAUCAGAGACACCCGCAUGUAAGAUGCCUGCCAACAACCUGUCACGGGUGUUUGGACCGACUCUUGUGGGUCACUCAGUGCCUGACCCAGAGCCCUCACAGCUCAUCAGUGAGACCAAGUAUCAGGCUAUGGUGAUGGACAGGCUGUUUGAAAUCCCAGAGGAUUACUGGAUCAACUUUAUCAGUGACGAACAGGAGAACAUGUUCCGGGCGGGGGAAGUAAACACGCCCGUCAAUACACCAGAAAUAUCACGCGCUGGGCUGUUGGAGAGCAGACUGGGGCCAGUUCAUACCCCGGGCUCGUAUGACAGAAGCCGCACUUGGACCACAAGAAACGCAUUCACUCCCAGUGGAAAACCGAAGGGGGAUAGAACAGCCAACCUCACCAGGAAACCCAGCCACUUCUUCUCUUCACCAACCGUAGACUAAACAUUUAACAAAAACAUCAGUUCACAACAAUCUUGUGUGUCGGCUGCUGUCUUCAAUAUAUAUUAUUGAAUCAUCGAUCAUCUAUGGAUCUACUGUGGGUUGAAAUCAUCCUUGUAUAUAUUAUUGAAUCGUUGGUCAUCUAUGUGGAACUACUGCCAGGUGAAAUCGUCCUUGUAAAUAUUUCUGAAUCAUCAUAACUCUGCCUGUCUUACUUGACUGUAACCAGUAUUCACCAUCAGUGUAAAUUUGCACAACUUCUUAUUUUACAUCUGGAUUUUUUAUGUUUUGCUGUCGGGUGAUGAUUUCAAAAAAACAAUAAAGAUUCAUAAAUAUGCAGCAACAGUUAACCCUGUACUAUGUACAGAAUUGUAAAAAGAAUACAUUGGGUUUUGCACAGGAAGAAUUUAAUGUCUGUCAAAUUAUACAGAAAUUAGAUAGUGUAAUGGUUCAUUGUACAUAACAUUUUGGGUAAACUGCACUCCUCGUUCAUAUUCAAGGAAAUAGUUUAAAAGAUAUUUACCUUUUGACUUCAUUUGAUGUUAGUUUAACUGAAUAGUGUAAGAGAAAUCCCUAAACCUUUUCUUGAAAACACCCUACUUUUGUUUCUUGUAUAUAUAUGCUACAUUGAAGAACGAGAUCGAUCAAAUAAGAUGUGGAAAGGUCUGCCUUGCCCGUAGUUCUUGACAUGCAAGUGUAGACCACAGUGUACAUAGCUUGUUGGCAAUGUUAUACAUUUAUGUUGUGUAAUUUGUUCUUGUGUUUAAUUUAUAACACUAUGUGAUAUCACUAAUUAUGAUACAAAUGUACAGUGUAUAGACAGUGGACCUGUACAUAUAGCUAGUAGUUUAAUAUUGAUCAGGGAAAUUGAUUUAUAAAAAGUUUGAAAAGAAUAAAAAAAAAAGUAUCUUUUUUUUAAACAUGGUAUGUUGUGAAUGUUAUCAGACCACACCUGUUUUUUCUUUAAGUUGCAUGCAAAUCAGGUGCUUUAAUCAAAUCAGUAACUUCAGUUCAGUAGCUGUUAACUAUGAUUGAUUUAUCAAUAUUUUUCACAUUUCAAUAGAAUAUCUUUUCAAGAAUCGUAUUUUUGAAUAGAUCAUACAAUAGUUUUGUUGUAUAAUUCAAAUGUGUUUAUUCCAUUGAAUUGAAACACUCAUGUAUUCACUCACUUAUGCACUCACUCACUUACUAAUUCAUUCAUUCAAUCAAUCAAUCAAGUCAUCCAUUUACAUUUUUUUCAUUCCAUUUACAAAAUAGAAUAAAUUAUCUGUGCAAGGUACGGUCUCUUUUCCCAAAAUUGUAUUGCUCUUAAACUUAAAUGACAUAGUCAAAUAGUUUGUAUGUCAUUAUCCUCAUUCAUUCAAAAAGUAUAUUUGUACAAACUAGCAUCUCUGACUGUAAAAUAUAUUUCAAUUUUGAUGUCUGUCUUUGUUUGGUGCAUUCAUGAUUUUAAACCUUUCAUUCCAUCUGAUUUAUUCUUUUCACAUCUAUUCUCGUUUGCGUUGAAAUAUUAUUUUGUGUCAGGAAGUUAGAAAUGUAGAUUUUGCGUAGAGAUACUAAAUGCAAGCACUGAGUAUUUUAUCAAUUAUCCUUCAUUCAGCCCAUAUUAAAGGACUGCACUCGUUAAUUUGUGCAUCAUAUAUUGCUGUGUGCAAUAUUUUACUCAUUGUUUUCAUUUGUCUUAACAUCCAGAGGAAGGUCUUGUUUUGCUAGUAAUGUCAGUAGGUUUCAUGUUGUCGUUGCUUUGUUUUAGAUGUAGUAAAACCAGCCUUUAUUUCCAAGACAUGAGUUCAUUUUUACAUUCAUAUAUAACAUCCAAUAUCAAUUAUGUAUUUUAUAAGGCUUUUUAUUCAAAUAAAUUUAUAAACACUG